CUUCGAUGACGAGGGUCCGUAUCGUGGAAUUCUAGUUCACAACGAGAGAAUUGAACGGCCACCACCCUUCGAGAUUCCUGAAUUUCGUAGAGGUGAGCACGCGAAUUCGUCUCGUCGUAAUCGUGCAUAGUUUCAUAUUUUUAAUAUUUGUUUUUAAUUAUUGAAUGAACCGUAUGAAUUAUCAUACUUUUGCCUUGUAAUUAUAUAAUUUUUCAUUUUUUCGGUGAAUUCACGAAAUUAAUAAUUUUUUAAAGCCUGUUUGAUCCCAUCGUUGUCACAAAGUGAAUCUCGUAAAAGCAAUCUUAUAUCAGAUAUCAGUAAUUGUUAAAUAGUUUGAAUUUUAGGAACAAUCGAUAUUUCUUGCAAAACUUAAUUCAUAAUAUUAGGAAUUUAUAUAACUAUAUUGUAAAUAUUAUAUAUCCGGUCACACACAUUUAUGUGUUCAAAACUAGGCCACGUACUUCGAGUGCCAUAAGUGUUUACUUACGUUCAAGGAGAUGAUGAUAAGUAAUACUUAAAUUCGCCUUUCAAAGCAAAAUAAACCAAGUAUAUUUUAUUGAAUUGCUAUCACGCCGUAAUCAGUCAUAAUGUUAGAGAAAAAUCUUUCUCUAAAACGUUUUAAAAUUUAUUAUAACAGUAAUACGACUUUCUUGAAAACUGCCUUAUGCAGUUUUAUUUUUUUCUCAAAGUGGAUUACGUGCCAAUUGUUAUACAAUAUUUCACAUCAACGAAACAACAUUGAGUUUAUCGGAAACAUCGUUUCUUUUUCUCUCUUUUUUUUAUAGAACACUUAAUCGGUUCUGGAAGAUUUAUUUUUCACUCUACGCUAGAAUGCUUAGUUUUUCUCUCUCGCUUCUCGCAUACGCAACUAAAAGUGGGUAUAAGAAUCGUAAUAAUGCGCCUCCGCUGUUGCAUCAAUUUGCAUCAGCUCAGCAAUCGCACCAAGAUCCCGGCGACCUUAGACGAUGCGACGCGAAGAACAGUUAAUAGCUCUUACGUGGAAAAAACUUUGCCGGUUCUAUCUAACUUGCGCGACUCGCUCGGAGGCGAAACGUAAGCAUAACGUCGUUUGUGGGCGUCGUUGAGCGGUUUCAAACGGAAUGAGAUCAUUUAACAACGCUGUUUGUUGUGACGCCUACACCGAAAACAGUCGCCGGAGAUUUUUCUUAACCGUUAGUGCAUCUCUCCAGCAUCCAGGAAAAUAGGGAAUUGAACAAGACGAUAGAAAAUGGGAGUCAGUAAACAAGAUACAAAAAAAUGAGUACUGAAUUAGCUAGCAAAGACUUAAUCUGAAUGUAAGGCAUGUAUGGAUUUUAAUGGAGAAUACAUGUUACAAGUAAUAAUAUAAAUAAUAAUAUAUAUUUUUAAAUAAUACGAAACUUGCAUCGCAGAUGGAGACAAGCACAGUGACCUACAUUCUCGUUGCGCAUUUAGUGCUAAACGCGGCCAGCGGCUCUCCUCGCAUUGGCAUACAAAGUGACAAUAAAAUUCUUUACCUUUUAAACGCUAAAAAAGGCAGGAAUUCAAGUCACUGGGCGUGAUCGUGGAAAUAAAUGAAAAAUAAAAGAAACGGUUCGGCUGCUCCGAAAAUGAAAGGGACGAGACGUAUCGUUCUCACUCUCUCUCUCUCUCUCUCUCCUGUCAGAAGAGGAACGUGGGGACGGAAGGAAAAGGAACGGAUCCUCUCGUGAUGCUGCGCAUAUAUCUGUGACGGAUAGAGAUACGAGUCGCGCUCGAUGAUCGCGAGGCACCUCGCGAGACGCCUAAAAAAGGAAGCUUGCUUCUCCGUAGGCGAGAGAGCGAGGCUCGCGGGGGCGACCAUCGGCGUCUUCGACGUCCUCGUCAGCAUCGUCGCGCGAGUCGACGCCGCAGGUGUCCGCGCGUUAUACGCACCUGUAGAUCGAUCAUUUAAUUGCCUCCUAGAAUUAAGAGAGCGAAGAUCUUCCAACGAGGGAAACGCGGUCGCGAUCGCAACUUUUCUUGCAACGCGGAGCAGCAAGAUUUGAUCAGACAAGAUUUCGAAGAUUUGGUGAUAAAGAGUGCAAAAGUGCAAAUAGUUACCAGUGAUUUAUUUAUUUAAAUCGUUUAUUUCAAAUGUGUUAAAGUGUUACUGGCAGAUUGACGUUUUAUUGAAAGAGAAUGUAAAAUAGACGAUUCCGUCCGCGCACAUUUUAUUUUGUAAGCACUGAUCAAACAAGUUUUUUUGUGGUAUGAAGAUAUUAAAACUUGAUAAAUGGAAAGAUAAACAGGAUUUCAAGUAUAGGAUGUCAAGUACCAUGAAGAGGAGUUGCUUUCUGUGAUUUUAUAUCUGGGAGUGUUUCAACAUGUUGGAGAAAUAAACCCGUUCUCUUCUUCAAUUUAACAACGUGAUAUCAGAAAUCUUGCAAGAACUUAUCAAUUAAUCUCGUCAAGAUUUACGUAGGAAAGAGCUGGAAUUAUGCCACCUUUAAAAUGUAUGGCUCAUUACACGCGUGUUAUCUCGUAACGCGUAGCACGUAAUAACUGGGGCACAUACGAGGUGAUCUCGCAAGAGGAGAACACUGUCUCUAUCAUGGUAUCGCACUGUACUAUCGUUGUGCAAUUGCCGCAGCGAUCGAAGAAAGUACAAUUUGCAAUUUAGAUUCUCAACACUUCCAAUCGCGGCGCGUUGCAUCGCCGCGCAGGAAUAUCCAAAGUCUUGCAUUUGUAUGCGAGAGAACGCGAAGAGAAACAAUUAACGAAGCAUUUAGAAAAAGAUAGAGAAACAUCUUAUUAGAAUAUUUAGCUCAGUAUUUAGUUAAUAUAUAUCAGUUACAUAAAAUAUACACAAUUAUAAGUUCCACACAGUAUAUAUCUUGAUUGUAGGAAUUAAAAUAAUAGGAUUGAACAUAUCUAUUAUAUUAAAAUGCUAUAUUAAGUCUGAUCAAAACUCUUGUAGCGAAGCAAUGACGAACACGUGUUUCGCAUUCACACGAUCUCUCACGUGUCAAACGGCCGCGCGCGGGCGUGUUCAUGACGUAUACCCGUCGUAUUUGGCGAUCUCUCGGCGUGUGGUCGGCGAAAAUAUCGAUUAUCCGCGGAUUCGUGGCCUUUGUGAGAAUGAAUAACGAUUAGCACGGGAAGCAAUAGUUUAAAAACGCAACGAGGAGAAUAGCGGCGGAAGACCGAAAUUUGAGGGCCUUGGCCCAUCUUAAGCAAGAUAUAAUAACUGUUAUUUCCUGGCAUCACGAAUUUAAAUCGUGGACCGAUUUCCCGGGGCCUAUUAAUCACUGGACGGUGUAAAUGGACACAGAUGAGCCGCCGAUCUUGCUGCCGUGCGCGGUCUGCGGGCGGACUUUUAGUCCGGACUCGCUGGAGAGGCACAUAGAGAUAUGCUCCAAGAAUCGCUCCAAGAAACGCAGACCCUUCGAUUCGGCCAAACAGAGACUCCAGGGCACCGAGCUAGCCGAAUUUCUACCUAAGCAAGAAACUCGGCGACACCAAGACAUAAAAAACUUCGAUAGAAUCUCCUGGAAGAAGAAACACGAUGAUCUACUACGAACCAUCCGCGAAGCGCGCGGUGAAAUCAUUAACUCACCCAAACAAAGUGAUUCGCUGAUCUUGUCAGGUGCACCGACUCGCGCCAAUGAAAAGGGUACAUGUCCUACGUGUAAUCGGCACUUCGGCCUCAAAGCCUAUGACCGCCAUGUGGCCUGGUGCAAAGAUAGGAUCACCCGGGUCUCGGUAAACCCGGCGACUAAUCUGGCAAAGGAACGACUAGAAGCCCGCAUAAGAUACAGGGCACCGACUUUAAAGAACCGACGAGCUGCCACCCGAGAGAAGUACAGUCCAGGAUCGAUGGCCAAAACUUCGUUGUCGGCACCAGCGCUCGUUAAACCAAAAGAGAAUACUUCAAUGACCAAUUGUAAUCGGGGAAGUCCGAUUAAACAGAAACCAGCUGUCGUAAGACGUCCAGGACAACAGAAGGAAUCUUCACCUGGACCUAUGAAGUCACGCAUCAUUGAUCGUACAAACAGGAAAAUCGAAUUAACGACACGUCCCGCCUGGUGCAGUUAUGUACGCAGUAAGCCGGACUUUAAUCUCGUCCUUAAGGCUAGAACCGGCACAUACGAGAACUACGAUCCUUUUCUACUGGCCGAGCAGCAGCUGAAAGACCUGCUGUCGGACACGAGCGAUCAAUGCGUGACGGACUCGAGUCCCAAGUUUCAACAAACGCGCGAUACCCUCUAUCCUCUCUCUCAUUCAUCCGCCUUCGUGAAAUAUCCUACCUCCAACAGGAGAUCCCUGAUUGCGCCUCCAUCUCAGUUCGAUGAUCUCAUAUCUGAUUUCUCGAGCGAUUCUACCGAGACCAACUCGAUCACACGCGAGGUCUUCCUGAAACCUGACAUCCUAGCCGACCACAAAGACGUGAUAGAUUCAGCGAAACCUGCCAAGGAACUGGGCAGGCGAGUUAUUAUUGACAAAUCGAAGGCGUUGGGCGUCGAUGAGCGUCGUGGCAUUAAUAGCACAGAUAGGCCGUACAAGCUCCACGAUAAUGUUAUGUCCAAGCCCACGAAAUCACCAAUCGACCAGACCAACUCGACCCGGGCCUCAUCCGCGCCCAGGACCAUUUCAAGCUCCAAUAGGAAGACCUUGGGUGAUGUCAGGAAGGUUCACGGUUCCAGGAUCAUCGAGGGUCAGAGAUCAUCGGAUCAGAGGCUUAAUCAGAGGAAUAACUCGUCGUUGUCCGGCAGCAACCUCAGCCUCAGCUCUAUCGUUUCUUCCUCGGAGCCGGACGUCAAGCGAUCGAACUCUAUGUUUGAUGAGCUGAUGGCGUCCUUCGAGGAAGACGUAUUUCCUGAUCUGAGAUCCUACCGCAAUAACGAGUCCUUUGACUUGUCCAGCCCCGGCGGUGAUAGACAGCGAAACGGCAAUCUGAUCAGCGAUGAGGAACUGUCUUCACCGGACAGCUACAAGCCACAGGAUCACGGCAAGCUCAGCAACGACUCCGCUUAUAGCAGUUUAAAUCGCAAAUAUUCACACCAUGGACGCAGCACUACUGACAUGACUGGCCGUUUCGACGAGGAUGUGACAAGGAACGGGACUUCGCUGAUUCAAACAACAACCAAGUGCAAAAUGUCCAAGUUCUGCCAUGAGUGCGGUCAGCGAUUUCCGGAAACUGCCAAAUUCUGUUGUGAAUGCGGCAUCAAGAGACUCGCACUGUGAUAUAACUCUGGACAUCUUCACCGUUUUCGUAUCAAUUUGAUGUGUUGAGAUGUAUGGAUGUUAUCCAUAGAAUUCAAGAGAGUAUUCUCUAGAGAGAAAAGUAUUUUUGACCUCGAAAAACACUUCUUGCAAUCGAGAAUACUCCGUAAUUAUUACCUGAAGAGAAGAGUAUCCUAUCUUUUGAUUUUAAGACUCUCGGGAACGAGAAUGAAAUUUUUUGAAGACGAGAAUAUAUUCUCGAAGAUAUAUUCUCCGUGAAGGAAGAUAUUUAAGGUACGAGGAUACUUUUCCGCUCUGAAAAUGUUCUUUGAAAAUAAGUUGACGGAUUAACUGCCUUAUCGCAAUGGAAUGCCAUAAUUUAGGCGACUUUUAUAAAUCUCAGUGUUUCGAAUAUUUUUUAUGACUUUUGUGAGAAAAUAUUUUUAUCAUUGUAGAGCACAAUCUUUUUAAUCUUCUUUAGUUUGCUUUGCAGACACUGUCCAUUUGCUCGCUAUAUUCGAUUAGUCUAAUAAUAUAUUUGAUAAGCAUUUUUUUCCGACAGAAUCACCGAAUGACUCCAGAGCAGAGUCCGUCUUCUUAUUUACAAAUUCAUGAAUUUUUUAUAGCUUUUUAUACGAGUAAAUAAAAGCAUUUUGUCCUGUUAAAACUGAAGGAAUUAAAAAAGAUAGAUUGAAAUUAAAAUUUCGAUCAAUUCGUUUCUGUUUCGUCUAGUUUGUACAGACUCUUGUCUUACGUAUCGUGUAAGUUGAUCGUGUAGAAUAAGAUUAAGAGAUAACUAGUAAUUAGAUGAGCCGCCGGUGCAGCUUCAGCGUAAGCUCAAUUAACGCGCCACUAAUAAAGAGGAAGUAACCAACUGCGAAGUGCAGACUGCAAUGCGUAAGAAGUAAGCCAUUUUAAUAAACUUUUUGGGUUGCGCAUCGUCUGUGAAAAGAGAUAAUUAAUUAUAAUUAAACUAGAUGUAUAAACCAUCAUGAAACGCACAAUUGAUUUUUGUUGCAAAGAAUUGUUGCAACUAUGAAGCGAAUCUUUUUAUUAAUGAGAACAGCAAUCAUAUUUACUGCAUUAUUUAUUGCAUACGCGUUGAUAAUAUCAACGUACGUACUAGCGUACGUAGUACGCUAGUUGAUAUAGCUGAAGCUUAACAUUCUGGGAAAAAAUACAAGAAAAUAGUGACUCUCGACAAAAUUCCUGCUAAAGAAGAAAUAAAUUCCAAAUUUGAAAAAAUCUUUAUUCACGAUUUUUACGCAUUUCGCCAAACAUCCUACAUAUUUUUGGAGUUUUGUAAAGAAUGUUCUUGACGGCCAAUGUGGGAGAAGAAAUAAAAGUUCGAUAAUUAAGAAUUAUUUGUAACAAUUCUAAAAAAGAUGAUUCGUUAAGUGUCGUUGGCUCUCUGGUUCGUAGCGUAUACCAAAGAGUAACAUUACGAUAGCAUUUGACAAAAUUGACACGAAUAAAGUCUAACUAAAAGAAUACGUCUUGUCUUAAUUGUACGCAAAUAAGCAGAAAUCAUAUACGUUUCAAACUGUAUUUUUGCAAGUGCAAUAAACCGAUGCUUGUAUGAA